UUGACGGGAACACACGUCAUGAUAUAUCAGCAACAGCGGCUUACGAUACUCGUUGCUGUUAUAACUUUAACAUCAGGAAGAUAUACGAGAAAAAAUUAAAUAACAUUAGACUACUUUGUGUUAUCAUGUACAAAAUAUAAAUUAAGUGUAGUGAAGUGACUGAGACUGAAAAGUGAAGUGUAGUGUCCGGGAUGUCGAGCGCGCGACGCGGUGUGGCCUACACCAUUGACAGUAUCCUCGGCCAUCGGGUUCCUAACAACGGUAAUGAUGGCGUGGAUAUGAAAAGCGAGAGCGUGCAUUCAGACUCCGAGCAUGAACACGAGCAUGAUCAUGACCACGAGCAGGGACAGGAACGCGAACCGGAUAUUGACCCGAGCGCCGAACACACUGACCAUUUGGACAUGGAUGCCAAUAGACCACGCAAGCAGGUACGUCGCAGCCGGACCACGUUCACGACCUACCAGCUGCAUGAGCUGGAGCGCGCCUUUGACAAGACACAGUAUCCAGACGUCUUCACGCGUGAGGAACUUGCACUACGGCUGGAUCUCAGCGAGGCGCGUGUACAGGUGUGGUUCCAAAACCGUCGCGCGAAGUGGCGCAAGCGAGAAAAGGCUUUAGGGCGCGAACAUGCUCCUUUCCUGCAUCAUGAUCACGGAGAAUGGGGCGGCGCCAGCGCACCAGGUGGUGAGUGGUGGUCGCUAGGACUUAGCGCAUUGCCUCCCGCGCCUUUGUGGCCCGAACCAGCAUUGGCUGCAUUACUCCACAGGUACGUCCUUCGUCUGCCGCCACCCGCCACUCACUCUCCAGUGCCACGUUCUCCAUCUCCUCUCCGCUCUCCGCCCCGCUCGCCGCUCCGCUCAGUGGGUACACCCAGCGCGCUUUCCGUUCCGCCAGAUGCGUUGCGGCUUCUACAUGAACGGUAUAAUCGUGUCCACACAUAACACCCGCACUCUGGCGCGUCUGAAACCGCCUCUAGGUAGACAACAUGAAGACACGAUAAUACAUAAUCAUCAUAAAACAUUUUAAUAAAAAUAUUGUGUCUUAAGAUAUUAAAUUAUAUUAACUGGUCACAAUUUACAGUUUAAUUAUGUAUAAAUAGACUUAUAAUUUUUCAUACAAUUUGGAAUUUUACGGCAAACUAAGUUUAAUAUCUCAUGUUACGUGUGCCUUAAUAAAUUCUUCAACUUUUCAUUUGAGAUCUCAAUUCGUGAUUGUGUAUAUUGUGAUGACCAUUACUUAUAAAUUAAGAUUGCUAUUAGGUGAGUUACUUAAUUAUGUUAUAAAUUAAAAGUCUAAGAUGUAUAUAUUGAAGUUGUAAAUAUUGUACAUUUUUAUUAUAAUAUGGUUUUAAGUAGGGAUGCAUCCGAUACCGAUGCCGAUACCGAUAUAUCGGCGAUACUUUGGGUUUGCCGAUAUAUCGGCAUCGGCGAUAUUUUCAUUGCCGAUUCACCGAUACUUGUCAAAUUUCACGCUUUAAAAAAAUAAUGUAAACGC